UAACAGCACUUCUUCAUCCGUCCGAUCGACGAAAUUUGUAUCGGACGGCCACCGAACUCGACAAGAAAGACGCGGGAAACUGCGUCGUUAGUGACACAGUGUUCGGCGUACUCGCUCCUCGGUCUUAUAAAACCCUGUACCCUCCAGUCGGAGAAAAGCGCCGGCGAAGGCUAAUAAAACCCACCGUCCUCCUCGUCUUUCCGGAGCAACUAAAACUCGUUUGGACCUAUGGACGCAGACGGAGUAGAAGUGGCGCCAGAGGAACAGAUUUAUUCGAGUCGCAGCAGUAGUGGCUGUGAUUCUGAGAAGUGGGAGACCUCGGAGGAUGAAGGCAGAGGAACUAAAUCCAAGAGAAAGGUGCUGCCUGAAGGCUUUCUCGACCCUCUUCCGCCUCAGAAACCCUUUAAGCUUCCAAGACUUUCUGGUGUUGGCUUACAUGCAAAUAAGGUUAUAUGUUGUGGAUCCUCCAGUAGGGGGGAGAGUAGUGGAUCAUCUAAUGACCCCUCCACUCCAAUGCAUCUAGACUCCAUUGAGGACUCUCAGUUUAUUGAGAGCCAACAACCCUCGAGGCAAUCAUUUCAAGAAUUUCCUAGACAAGCGCCACCACCAAAUGAUGGCAUAAGGCUCAUAGAUGAACAAGGCACGCCAAUAAGGCGUAGAGGUCAAACCACUUGUACAGACAUAAAGUGUAUGCCGCUAGGUACUAGGGUUCAUAUUGAGGUUAAUGAGAAUGGUGUGCCAUGCAAUAUACCAGAGUCCAUUCUUCUUGGCUCAUACAUGGGAGUUGUAGCCAGAGACUCUAUAUUGGCACCAAUAUCUUUCUCAGAUUGGCGCAAUAAGGGCAUGGAGCCUUUCAAGAAGAGAAUGUUAGCUGAAGUUGAGUCCAAAUUUGAGUUUCAUGCAAGUAUAAGACAUUGGAUUUUGCAAUCUAUUGGCGUCAAAUGGCGUAACUAUAAGGCUAGCUUGAAGUCAGAGCAUUGGGAUAGUAGACCCAUUAAGGAGAUCAAGGAGACCGUACCUGGAGGAGUUGAUCCAACACAAUGGUGUCAGCUAGUUAAUCAGUGGGCCCAACCAGAGGACCAGAAAAGGGCGGCAAGAAAUGUAAAAAAUGCUAAAAAACAGACAUGUCCUCACACGAUGGGUCGAGUGAGUUCUGUUAGGAGGCAGCAAGAGACGUCUAUACAAGAUCGUUUGCAAUUAUGGAGAAUAAAUCGGAUGCGUAAAGAUGGUUUGUGGUCAUCUGAGGAUGCCAAACUAAGAUGGGCCCAUGCUUGUAAAAUGCUUGCAGAGGAAGGGUUAAGGCCAGAAGAUGGAAAUUUGGAGGCUAAUGAGAGAGUGUUCAAAGCAGUUAUGGGGCCUGAAUAUCCAGGCAGAGUUAGAACACAAGGGUUUGGGGUCACUCCAACUCGAUACUUUCCUCAAAGCACCACUCGUCCAGGAUACAAUAGCAGUAGUAGCACUUUUGCUCGUGUUGCAAGACUUGAGGAGCAGCUGCAGACGCUAAAAAAAGAGAUGAGACAAGUCAUGCAACAUUGUCAGGGACAUCAUCCUCCUUCAAGAAGCUCAGAUAUGGGGGGCAAUGAUCAGUCAUUACCUGAAUGACAUUAGAAGAGAAAGAGAAGGAUAGGAGGAUUAGAUAUAAAAGUUUAGGGUGUAAUCUUUUGGAGUUAACAUUUGAACAAGUUAUACGUCUUAUAAUUGGCAAUCAUGUGUUUUGUAAUUUGAACCAUUUUGAUUAUGUUAUUAAUUGCUAAUGUUUCAUGUUUUUGGUGA